AUGUCCGCCCCGCGCACACACAUCCCGCAACCGCCGCACACGGCCGGCGAGCGCUACAAGGGCCUCCGCCAGCGCAUCGACCCCGCCCAGAUCCCCUCGCCCAUCGACAAUCAGGCGCGCGACGCCGCCGAGCGCACGACCCCCUUCCUCACCCUCCCCGGCUCCGGCCGCCCCCCGCUCGCGACCACCGCGGACGCCGUCUGCAUCGACCAGGGCAACGCCGCUCCGCGCUUCGUCCGCCCCACCACCUGGAGCCUCCCCAACUGCGCCCGCUUAGCCAGGGAAUGCCACAUCCCGCUCGCCGCGCACUUCCAGCCCUUCGCGGAGCAGCCCGCGGGCGAGGAGCCUGUCCCGCUCGUCGCGCCCGCUCCCGACUCCUCCGGCCCCCCGCGCUGCGCGCGCUGCCGCGCCUACGUCAACCCCUGGUGCCCCUGGCUCGACGGCGGCAACGCCUGGCGCUGCAACCUCUGCAAGCACCACACCCCCACCGAUCCCGCCUACUUCUGCCUCCUCGACCCCAACGGCAUGCGCCUCGACCACCAGCAGAGGCCCGAGCUAUGUCGCGGCGCCGUCGACUUUGAGGUGGGCAGGGAGUACUGGGCCAAGGGCGCCCCCAGGCUCUCCAAAGAACACCCCGGCCUCCCACCCGUGCGCGAACCUCAACCCUUGACCUACGUCUUCGCCCUCGACGUCUCGCGCGAGGCCGUGCAAUCGGGAUUCCUCAGGGCAUCGUGCGAGGCGCUGCGCGGGGUCCUGUUCGGAGCCACAUCGUCAGCGCUUCCUCCAGCUUUCCCCCCAAAUUCCCGCCUCUGCCUCCUCACCUUCGACCGCGCUGUCCACUUUUACGACUUAAGGCCGGAUCCGCUGACCGGCCUCCCCCCCUCCCCGCCCCCCACCGUCAUCAUGGCGGACGUCGAGGACGUGUUCCUGCCGUUUCGCGAGGGCCUGUUCGUGCGGCCGGAUGAGUGUCGCGACACCCUCCUCACCCUCCUCACCACCCUCCCCGACCGGUUCGAGGGCACCACCACCGGCGAAAACGCGAUGGGGAGCGCGGUCGUGGCCGGGCUGGCCGGGUUGGCCCCCACCGGCGGCCACCUCGUCGUCUUCCAGGCCGGGCUGCCGGGCGUCGGGAUGGGCGCCCUCAGUGGCACGCCGAACGAGCAGGAGGCGUGGGCGAAUGAGAAGGAAUACACCCUCCACCGCCCGUCGUCCCCCUUCUGGCCGCGGCUCGCGGAGCGGUGCGUGCAGUGCGGGGUCGGCGUGAGCUUGUUCUUGGCCCCUGGGAGACCGGUCGGGGUGGCGAGUGUGGCCACCCUCCCGAACCUCACCGGCGGGGACAUCUUCUUCCACCCGCGCUUCGAGUACGCCGUCGACGCGCCCAUCCUCUCAUCCGAGGUCCGGAGGUUGGUGGGCAGGAAAACGGUCUACGACGCGGUGGUCCGCGUGCGCUGCUCGGAGGGCCUCCACAUCACCGCCCACCAGGGCGCCUUCACCCAGACCUCGCCCACCGACCUCGAGUUUGGCGUCAUGAGCGCGGACACCGCGUUCGGGGCGACCAUCGGCUUCACGGGUGGCCCCCUCGCCCCGACCGUCCUCGACGUGCGCGAGUUUGCGCACAUCCAGUGCGCGGUGUUGUAUACGACCGCGGAGGGGUCCCGCCGCGUCCGCGUACUCAACCUCGCGCUCCAGGCCGUCGAGCUCGCCGCGAACGUGUUCCACUACGCGGACAUGGAGGCCGUGCUCGCGCAUGUGGCCCGCGGGGCCAUGACGAAGCUCCCCUCCGAGCCGCUCUCCGCCAUCCGCGACGAGAUCACGGAGCAGUGCGCGCUGAUGCAUCUAGGAUACCGCGAGCGGUGCGCGCAGGCGGCGGGGGUGGGGCAGCUCAUCAUCCCCGAAACCCUCAAGGGCCUCCUCGCGCAUACCCUCGGGCUCCUAAAAACAAAACCGUUAAAAUCUCGGGUCGCCGUGGCGGCCGACGUGCGCGUAUAUGCCGCACAUAAGCUGCUAGCCGGCGGCGUGAAGGAGAUCGUGCGGCGGUGCUACCCGCGGGUGAUGGCGGUGCAUGAUUUGGAGGAGGGGGCGUGUUUGGCGAAGGAGGGCGAGAUCGUGUGGCCCACUCUGAUGCGCGCGAGCCAUAUGUUCAUGGAGGCGCAUGGGGUGUAUCUGGCGGACAACGAAGAGCUGCAGAUCCUCUGGGUCGGCGCGAGCGCCUCGCCCCAGCUCCUGCUCGACCUCUUUGGCGUGGACGAUAUUUUUGCGGUCGAUCCUAGGAUGGUGCGUCCCACCCUCCCCGCCCUCCCCACGCUUCUUUCCCGGCAGGUACAUGCCAUCAUCGCCAGACGCGCGCACGAGCGCGGCGGAAGAACACUCAAAUUCGCGAUCGCGCGCCAAAACCUGGACGGCGCGGAGGUCGAGUUCGCGGACAUGCUCGUCGAGGACGAGAACAACGGGAGCAUGGCGUAUUUGGAUUGUGAGUGUUUUUUCCCUUGUUUUUCUUUGUUGUUGUUUUGGUGGGAGUAG